UUUCCCCCUUAAUGUAUCAUGGACAUUUCUCCACGACAGUACAUGUAGUUCCAACUCAUUCAUUUAAAUGGCUGCAUAGGAAGUAAAAUUUUGAUGUUCCAUGAUUGGUAUCAUUUUUAUAAACUAGUGAAUUUCCAUGAAAUAAAUUUCAACUGUUAGUAACUUUUAGAUAGUAGUAUAGACCUCAAGUGUAAAUGUGGUCAUUUUGGUAUAGAUUAUUUAUUCUGGUGAGAAAUGCUUUGAACAAAAGUUCUGGAAAUUAAUAUGUGAAUAUGACUAUAGUUUUGAGUGGCUUAUCUGAACCUUGUUUAGUGAGCCUUGCUUGUGAUCAUGUUUGUACCAACUGUGGAGGACUAUUGCCCACCACAGGUAAAGAUGGUUUGUGGUUAGUCUGUGUGAUUCCCAGAUAACAUUAGGGGUAUAGCUAGAAUCAGAGACUAUCCUAAAAUAAACUGCAUGUCUUGAAAUUGUCUGCUAUAAAACACAAAAAUGCCAAGGCCAGAUUUCUUAGCCCAGUCUUUCAAUAAAGUCCAGACUCCUACUGGUGACCCAGUAACUUCUCUUUUAGAAUGGUAUUUUCUGGACUGAAUAAACAUAUAUUACCAAAGUAAACACUAAAGACUUACUAAAUGUUUUCAUACUGAAAUUUCAUUCUAAUUAGCAAAAAGCUAGUAUAUAGCCUUGCAGGCACUCAGGAAAUUAAAAUAUGAGAUGGUAUAUGAAAUGAUAUCUAUUUAAAGAUUGAAAAUAUUACCUUAAAUGUUUAAUAUGAUCUUCUAUCUUACCUCCCUUUAUUUUAUUCAUAGAUACCACGUUGAAUGAACAAAUAUUGAACUUUUAUAGUUACCCUUUGUAAAAGGAGUAUGGGGAGUAGGGAUAUAGUUUGAAUUGCAAAGGAUUUCACAUUAUGAGCUCCCUGGUUGUUGCGCAGUCUCACCAUGUGGGGAAAAUUCAUGCUAGAAAACUGAAGAAAUUAAUGGGUGACUAUGAUCAGAUUUCUUCACCAAGUUCUCAGCCUGAGAAGGAGAAUCCCUUGUUGUCAACCUAAUGAAGCAUUCAAAGAAGACAUAUGACUCUUUUCAAGAUGAACUUGAAGAUUAUAUCAAAGUGCAGAAAGCCAGAGGCUUAGAGCCAAGGACUUGUUUCAGAAAGAUGAGAGACAACUGUUUGGAAACCUGUAGAUACAAAGAAGAGCUUGAUUACCGACCAAGGUAUAGAAUGUUUGAUCAAAGACUCUCAUCUGAAACCUGGCAGACCUACCCAAGAUCAUGCCCUAGUUCACAAAAAGUGGAAAACCGGUUACCAGCUCAUGACAGCAGGCUAAGACUAGACUCCCUGAGCUACUGUCAAUUCACCAGGGACUGUUUCUCAGAAAAACGAGAACCCCUUAACCUUAGUCAGCGAGAAUAUAACUGUAGCUCAUACAGUGUAGAAUCUGGAGUUCACAAGCACCUCUCCUCAGAAAACAGUGCCAGUGGCCAUCCAGCCAAUCAUAAACAGCUACAUCAGAAGGGGAAAAGGCACCCGGAGGAAGGCAGAGAAAAACCAGAGGAGGAGCGGCCCAAGCAUAAGAGAAAAAAAGGUUGCGAGGAAACAGAUUUAGAUAAACACAAGAACUUCCAAAGAAACAAAACACAGAUGGAAACAGUCAGGGUCAGUACAGAAAAGCUUAAGAAUCGAAAGGAGAAAAAAAGCCGAGAUGGAGCCUCUAAGAAAGAGGAACGUAAGCGUAGAAAAGAGAAAAAGGAACAAGGUAAAGAGAGGACAGAGGAGGAAAUGCUUUGGGACCAGUCUAUCCUUGGAUUUUGAAGCUCUUGAGUUGGUUCUCCUGAGGUUAAAUUGAAAAAAUAGUUGAGGGGCCUGGUUUUCUGACGUUCAUGUUCAUAUCGAUUCUUUCCUGUGAACAGGUACUGCAACUUCUAACAACAGGCCAAGUGAACAGAAAGUAUUUAAUAUGCUUACUCUCCAACAUGGAAAUUACUUUUCCUCAUUUUCUAAAAGCAUCCUUACAUUCUCAUAUAAUGUGAUUUCCCUUAAUGACAGUGGCUCUGCUUUUACUCAUCAAACUGCGAUGAUGGUAGAAGUAUUUUUCCCUUGGGGGGUCAUUUAUUUUAAAUUGGAGUAUUAAUAGGUUUUGCAGAAUCUAUUUCUUGAUUGGGUUUGUUUUAGUUUUGGGUGGGGUAUUUUUAUAUUCAUUAGUUUUCUCUAUGACAAUUUAGACUGGUUUUUUUUCCUUUUUAGAUCUAACUUGCAGUGUAUUUUCUAGAUUGGAAGGUGGAGAACGAAAUACAUUAUAAUAAUAAUAAACUAAGGUUACAUAUAGUUUUAAAAGUUUCAAAGAGUCUUGAUACAAAAUCAGUUUAUAUUCUGGAAAUAUUUAUAAUAAAGUGUUCUGAUUUCUACA